UCCACCAUAUUGUUUUUCUUAUCAAUAAAUGUUGUGAUUGUUCAACGUUGUAAUUAUUGGGUGCUGUGUAGUAAUCAUUUACUUAAUCUAAGAUAGCAUUUUUUAGUUUGAAAAGGUUGAAAUAUGGAUUCCCUAGUUGGCUACGGGAGCGACGACGAUGGUGAAUGUGGUCGUUACGGUUACCAGCCAUCGGGUGGUGGCGACAGCGGCGCGCGUCGCCGGGAGGACGACACCAACUAUGACGAUGUGAACAUGGACAUGAGUGAGGAGUCCCAGAGCGCCGAGUCGGAGCCCGAGCUGCCGCCCGCAGCGCCGGCCGCGCCGUCCGUGCCGCGCCACCCCGUCGCGGACGACGAGCGCGACAAUAGCCGCGAGCGAGACCGCUCUCGCUCGGCGGACGGGCGCGACAACCGGCGCGAGCGCGACCGUGACAGACCCCGCGAGCGCGAGCGACUGUCGCGGGAACGCCGCUCUCCGCGACGCGACGAGCGCAGUCGGCCGCCGCGCCGCGGCUUGCUGGGCGACCGGCCCGACGAGCGAGCAGACGGCCGGGCCCGCGACGCCCGCGACGCCGCGUCGCCCAGGUUCGCGGAGGCGCGCGAGCGCAGGGACCGCGAGCGGGGCGCGCGCGCCGCCCGGCGCCCGGACGAGGACAGGGAGCGGCGAGGGUCGCCGUCUUCGGCCGACUACCGCCACUCCUCCUACAAAGUGAACAAGAAGCUGGACGUUAUGGAGAAAAUGGGGCUGCAGAUCAAGACGCCCGACGGCUCCAUGGCCACGGCGCGCCAGCUGCGCGCCGCCACGCAGCCGCCCGGCGCGCCCUACGCGCUGCCCGCGCACCGCGCGCUGCACCAGGUGCAGAAGCGCAAGCUGCUGUGGGGCCGCAAGGGCGGCGACGCGGCGGAGGCGGAGGCGGCCAAGUGGAGCGGCGCCCGCUUCGCGCAGGACGCGGACGGCAAGCAGGUGUCCAAGUUCAUGCGCCUCAUGGGCAUCAAGGACCCGGCGGCGGUGCGCGCGGAGGCGGCGGAGGACCCCAACAAGAAGCAGGAGGAGCUGUUCCAGGCCAUGCAGGCGCAGUACGAGGUGGCGCGCGCCGCCACGCACACCAUGCGCGGCGUGGGGCUCGGCUUCCAGCGCGCCAACCUCUAGACCACUCCGGCAGUGGAUAUUGUGGAAAUUAAGCUUACUAUGCUGUUAUUUCAAAUUUCUUCAAACCUUAUACUCCACACUCGCCAAAUGUGUCGCCUUUAAUAUAUUUCUUACCCCCACCUUGUCUAGUUGAUAAAUUUAUUUCUUCAUUUAGUAAUUCGAACCUCUUCGUCUCGUGUUUAACAAAUUCCAAUUGUUCCCCCUAAUCGAAUCUCAAUCCUUUCUCGCAAGUAUGUAAUAGAUGUAAGUCUGUAGUCUAAAAGAUGUUUUUCAAAAUGAGAUUUUUUUCAGGGGUUAUGAUUGAAGGCUGCCAGAUGCUUUUUGUAACGCGUUUCAAAUUUACGUCCGGUUAAACCGACUAAUGAGGCGUGGCGUUCAGAACAUUAGAGUUUAUAUAGCCCUGAUCUCUGCUUAUUGUUCAAUCAAUAUGCUUUUCGCGGAGUAUUAUAGCAAAUUAAGCUUAACUUUCAUAAUAUAUCAUGGAAUUAUUAGAAUCCAAAACAUGUCUUCGCAAUUGUUUGUACACUGUUGUAUGAUUCAUAGUUAUAUUGUGUUAAUUCCCGUGGUUUAUUUGCAAAUCGAAGCUAUUGACGAUUUCUAACUCCCUAGUUUAGAAGCUUAACUAAUGGGGGUAUUUUUCUUUGUCACCAUUAAACCCACCUUUGGGUGGAUUGUGGACUAAUUUAUAACUUGCCAAAGCGAGUAAGUAGCAUUUGGCUCGAGUAAGUGAGUACGGUCGAAUGUGCCAUGUCCAUGAACUGUGUGCUUACCUAAUUGUUGUGAUGGUAAGUUUAUGUUAUUGCAUCUAUUUUUAUAAAUAUUAAAAAUAAUAUUGUCGACGAAAAAGUGUGAUAUAGGAAUUCGAAUUUUAUAUUUAUUACUGAAAUAUAUUGAUCGCUGCACAUUUAAUGUAGGUUGUAAAUAAUGUUUGUGUUCUCUGCCGUAUUGAGUUCUUGUAUUCUCUUGUCAUUAAUCUAAAAUAGAAAUCAGUGAGAUGUUAUUACCCCCUCUAGCACUGCUAGAAUGGGCAGGAGACAAUAUACAUAUCCCUGGGGAAAGAAUAACAAUUUAUCUUCUUCCACAGCUUUAUCAACUCUCACAGCUCUGGCACACAAGUGGAAAUAAUAUAUGUGUAAUAAUAAACGGGGGUAAAGUUCUCCUAUUCCAUGUUCCCGUGCGUUAGCAGGUGGACACGUCAAUUAUAUCCCCUGUCAGGGGACAUUUUUCUGUCUGUGCUACCCUGUGCUGCCCUGCUGUGAGCGCUGUGGUGGAUUGCAGGUCUCCAUCCUUAAGCCGAGAUGACUGAUUUAUUAUUAUUAAUUGGCGUAUGCGAUAUAGUUUAUCGUUCUUCAAUUACGCAUUUAUAUAGAUAUAUGUAUACUUAUGUCUUUUAUUCUUAGUAUAAGGUGGGGCCGCUUUUUUUAGCUGUAGUGGCUGGUCCAUCUCCGCGGGGGUAGUAACUUCUCAUUUCAAUCAAUCUUAACCGUAGUUUUGUUAGUAAAACUAUGUUAGAAGUUUCGAAAAAAAUGUUCAUCUAUGCUUUGUGUGAUAUAAGAUAUAUUAGGUUUAUGGAUAUAGCUGAUGAAUAGCGUUCUUAAGAGUCAUAAAAGUAGUGACCGUUGCCGUAUAGUGGUUGCUUUGUUAUUGUCCUAUACUUAAUAAGUUUACUCCAAAAGUAUGAUUCAUUUUUCUUAAUUAGCAACGAUCACUACUUUUGCAUUGUAAAAAAUAAAAUAAAUGAUAUCUAUAAUAAUUAAA